CCUUAACAUGGAAUCUGAGCAAGCGUCCAAGAGCUUCGACAUCGAGUGCCAAGCAUUGCGCAUGGCUCGACACCGCAACUUGAAGGCAGGCUGCAUUUGGGGUUUAUCAAGAGGUUAGACAUAAUGUUGGAUGUGGCAAUGGCAUUGGAAUACCUACAUUACCAUCACUCUGAUGUUAUUCUACACUGCGACUUGAAACCAAGUAAUGUCCUACUUGACGAGGAGUACACCGCGCAUCUCGCGGAUUUUGGCAUUGCAAAGCUGUUGCUAGGGGAUGGUACCUCCUUUGUCAUAUCAGCUAGCAUGCCUGGGACAAUCGGCUACAUGGCUCCAGAGUAUGGGUCUAUAGGAAAAGCAUCUCGAAAGAGUGAUGUCUUCAGUUACGGAAUCAUGCUACUCGAGGCCUUCACAGGGAAGAGGCCUACGGACCCGGCAUUCAGCGGAGAGCUGAGCCUAAGGCAGUGGGUUAACGAUGCGUUCCCGUCUCGGCUUGUUGACGUUAUCGACCCUGUCAUGCUGCAAGAGGGGAAAGAGGACGGCUUCGGUGAUGUUGGCACAUGUUCCACUGCUGGCGCCCCUAACACAUUGGGCAGCUGCCUGGCGUCAGCAGUGGAGGUGGGCUUGUUGUGCUCCGACGAGUCACCUGACAGAAGGAUCCCAAUGAACGAAGUGGUGAACAGGCUGAAGAAGAUUAGGAAGGGUUACAUCUCCCAGCCCGAUCGAGGAGUAAGCGCAUUGGAGAUCGAAGGACAUCAAGGUGGAUGAAAGAAUACCCUAUCGACUUUGCUCUGUUUUUUACUACCAAUUCGGUGACAUUACAAGAGCUGUUUUACCACCAACUGUCAUUGCAAGCAUAUAAACUACAAGGCUUUUGCUUUGUCAAACUAGCAUUAAGUUACUGUAUAUAGAUGCAUGUAUUCCUACAUCAA